AUUGUUGCUCAUGGCGCUGCAUCCUGCUGCUGAAGCUCUGAUCUGAACCAGGACUGGCAGCGCCCCAGUCUCUGCACCCUACAUCAUCCUGUUACACAGCAACCCUCAACACACCACCCUGUAACACAGCACUGCGUCAGGGCAUUUUUUUAGCCCUAUAUAUUAUUAUUAUCAUCGCAUUUCUCAGUUUUGGAUAUGACGAUGAACUGCAGCGGCCAGACAAGUGGCUUUGGAGUUCUCUGUGGUUCUCAUGCUCUGUGGGUUCUGUUUGGAGUAGUCAGCGGGGUUCUGGUCUUCUCGCUGUGCUGGAAUAUUCUCUGCUGUGUCCAAAAACACUGGGCAGCAAGAGGGAAGGCCUUUCUGCCCCGAUUCAGGAGAAGCAUCAGCCUGAAACGCAGUGAGAUGGAGGAUAACCCUAUCUAUGGAAACAUUACCUACACACACAGCAGUAAGCCAGGAGAUCACAGUGAAGAACGUCCCGCUCGGGCGUUCUCUGCUGGACGGGAGUGCUACGCCAACCUGACCCUGAAAGUUCCUAAAGUACCCUCUGGCCGAAGUUCUCCAGCCCCUCAGAUUCAGUACUCAGACGUGAUGACUGUUAAUCAGGAUCCAGUGGAACCAGAACCCGACGGGGAAGAGGACCCCAUAGAGAAGGAUACGUGUUCCAUGAUCUCCGAGCUCUACGCCUCUGUGGACGCAGAACACAUCAAGACCAAGAAGCAGGACAACAACGAACCGUACGCCAACCACGUCUGAGAACCUGAGAACUGUUAGAUCAGAGAGACACUGUUAUAAUACGAAUGAACUGUAUAAACAUAACAGUCCUAACUGUGGUACACAGUCCCAUUUCUCAUUUUAUAUUUCAUAGGGGCGCUCAAAAGUGUCCUCAGUGCUCCCUUUAGUGAAGACAGCAUGAAUGCAGACUUAGCAAGAAGGCGGAGUUUGGGCAUCCAACUCCACCCACAUGCAGCCCAGCCUCUUGUUACGCCACAAGCCACGCCCUUCUUACAUCCUAGGCCGUGGCUGUGCCCGAAACUGAUUUCUAUUUACUUCUAGGUAUUAAUAAGUCUGUCGGCCAUUUUUGUUGAGGUGGGAUUAGAAUGUAAUUUUGAGGAACUAUAAACUUCAAAAUACAUCACAAAUUACAGUAAAAAAUCAUAUCAUUAGCUACAUUAGCUAAGAGCUACCUUUAAUCGUUACUAAGCAACCUAACUUGGAAGUACUGGAGCCUAUCGAGAGCCUGGGGUUGCCAAAUAAACCAUGUUUCAAAUCCAAAAAAGAGUACAUAUUAUUAUUAUUAUUAACCAUAUUUCAUUAUGUUAUAUAAAGCUAUCACAAAUAACUUAUAAAACCAAAAGUGAAUUAAUUACUAACUGAUAUUGUUUGUCAUGGCAAAAUAAAAGCAGCGAAAUCCUCCAUAAAGUAGGAACAGGGAAUGUAUCUCAUGACAGGGAUCUGCCCCCAUAUAUUAAACUGUACAAAAUUGUAUUUAACAUUGUCAGUCUCAGGACUGAGAAGAAUUAAUAUGUAUUAAAAAUUAGAAAGUCAUAAUGACAAUGUUAUUGUUUUUUUUUGUAAUGCAUUGAAUAAUUAAAUAGCACAUAAUGUUUUUACUGCUUUACAGUCAGUAUCUGUAUUAUUACACCAAAUAAACUAUAUUUUAUACAGUCAACACAGAAAAAACAAUGAUAGUGAUUUCAAAUAUAUUCUUCUAAUUAUAGACUAAAUAUAUGAAAACAAAAUAAUAGUCUACAAAACCUUAUAACCAUUACUGAUGAAACCACCCAUUAGGACUGUGACUAAUUGUGUUGAAUGGAGAAGACUUUCUAGGUCUAGGUUCCAGCCGUACACUCUACAGUUCACAACCAAUCACUGACAACUGUGACAUAAGUUAGAACUUGUUUAGCCCAUAUCUUCAGUGGAAAAAAUACGACGUACAUCAUAAUAAUGAAUGACGGGAUAAUCAGUGUCUGUGUCAUGCAGUGUCUGUGUCAUGCUACACAAGUAGACGUAAAUUAAGUUGUGUUUCUCUGCAUUAUAUGCAUAUUUAAUAUAUUUUUGAUAAAGUGCCUUAAACGAACAAGAGCACAGCCUCAAGACUCAUUCGGAUGAACUUUCAGAAUAUUUAGAAUCCAGAAUAUAGGGUAUUUACUUUACUGAUCAUUUUUUAAAUUCUGUCUGUGAUCUAUGAUCUCUGACUUAGCUGUGUUUCCCCCAAAUGUAUCGGCUUCUGUUUACACCAGACCCACACUGACCUCUCAGGAAUUGUAACGGAUCUCUUGCAGAGUUCUGCUAUAUGACAGCUUGUGCACAUCAACAGGGUUUGUGAGUUUCAUAAUUUCUUCAAUAAAACAUCAAUAAAAAUGUGGACAUAUACUUUUCAUAAA